AUGAGUAUGGAUGGCGUUAGCUACAUCACCAAUUCUGCUACUGCUACUGCUCUGCUUCCAUGUCUCUACGACAUUCACUUAUUUGCCGCCAGUCCCUUUGUCUCCGAAAUGGUGAUUCUUGAGAACGAAGGUUCAGCUGCUCCGAUGCACAUUGAUGUCUCGUCGCCUCCGGUCAAUAAUAGUCUCCUUCGGGUGCUGUUUCAGCCUGGAAGAUCUCUUUUAUCUGAAGGAAUGGGUUCUGUAGGAAGACCAGCACCUGAGAGAGAACUAAGCAAGGAGUUAAAUGAGAGUGAUUUAGAACAGCAGUUUUUAGGGGCAAAUGAUAUUAGGACAAUUGCGAAGACGCAUGUUGUUAGGAUGAGGAGUGCAAUUGCAGUAGACAGGGCUGAGUCUUACACUUGGAUACCAUGUACUUAA